CGCGCCGAUCCCCGCGGCAGGGCCUUCAGCCCGCAGGCCCGGUGGAGGCGGGCAAAGCGGCGCAGGGGCUGCUCGCCCUGGGGGUCCCCAGCGCCGGGGUGUCUUUACACCUUCCCGGCACAGCAUAGCUCGGGUGCUGCUGGGUACCCGGCACGCCAGAGCCGCGGGAAUGAAGCCCCCAGGCUUCCCCUGCCCCCCAUGGCUGCGGGGAGCUCCGGGCCUCCCGCCUGGCAGGACCGGGCCCGGCAGGUCCCCUGCGCUGCGGGCGGGAGCGGGAAGGCCCUUCUCGGGACCCAGCCAAGCACCGUGGGCAGGCUGAUGCCCGAGGCAGGAUGCUGGCAGCAUUCAGCAGUCAGAGGACAAGCUGCUGGAGUACUUGGGAGUGGUGAUUUAUGAAGCCCUGGACUGGGGAAUUGACAGCCAAGUGGAGCGAGAACUGAGUGAUCCUUUGGAGAAACUGCUGUGCCUCAUGUUGAAACUGGAUGAUGAGGCAAUGAAACCAGCAGUCACCCUGCAGGAUGUUAUCAAGGUAUGAGAAACUUCCCACCCCUCAGUCUGAUCAGGGCAGGGGAGAAGAACAGGACAAGUGACUCCGCCUGCUGUGUUUUGUUGCGAUUUGUCUGCACUGGAGGCUUCUCCUUCCGGGCCUGUGAGGAGCACUUGACCAGGCCUUCUGAGGCUACUAGCCAUUAUGAAAUGACCUGUAGGAGUCUGUUUACUGAAUAUAUGGAACUUCAGAAGCUUGUGACCAUCAUCCAGACCUCCAAAGAGAGUCUGAGAAAAAUUGAUGUGGAAGAUUCAGUGGAAAAUCCCCUUCAGAAGAAGGAAAAACACUGGGCAUCCCUGUGGCCCAACGUCAUCCGUGAACUGCAGAAUGGUGUGAGGCUGCGCAAGGCCACUGAGCGACCACAGCAUCACGUGCCUCCAAAAGAAACUGUCCGCUCUCCCUUUGAAUUACUUUUGGAUGAUAUUCGGCACAAGAGGUACACCCUUCAGAAGGUGAUCAUCGAGCAAAAACACAGGACCCCCAAAGUUGAUGUAGCUGCUCCCAAGCCUCAUCUAAAACCUGUGCUGGAGAGGAAGCUGAAAGAGUGUGUGCCAUGGGAGUCCAGCUGGCAUGAACACCUCAUGGCAGGAGUAAAACGACCACAAAAGCUUUUGUCUUCUGCAGCAAGGGAAAAUGGGAGCACGCCCAAAGAAACGCUUGUGACACCAAAUACUGCCUUGAAAUCUCCAAGCGAUAGAUUCUUAACUCUCCAAGAUGCCAGUACCAAGUUUAAAAUUGUCAACGCUGCAACACAACAGCUGGGACCAGGAGUUCAGGAAACAGCUCCCAAGCUGCCUUCCAGCACCUGGCUUGCCUCAACUAGGUCAUCAGUAAUAUCCCACAACAGCACAGGUCAGUGCACUUCCAGCUGCACAUCUAAACCAGGUCUCACCGCAAAUUGCGAAUGUCCUCCCAUGAGUGCACCCACACUAGGAGACAUUAAACCUAAUGGUUUCCUGAAUGCUGGCCAACAGCAGCUGCCUCCUUACAGAGGAAGGUCCAAAUCUUUAGAGAGAGGCCUUCAAAGCAAGGAACUUGACUGUCCCUUUCCUACCAAGUGGCCAUCACCAACCAUUGCUGAGCUGAUUGGAACCAGAUAUGCCAUGAUGGUGCUGGAAGGGCAGGGCUUCUUCCAAGGAGGUAGUGAUGGUGUCUUUCCAAAAGCAAAGAUCUGUUUCAGCUGCCAUAAGCAGAUGUUUCUUAAGUGGCCUUACAGCUGUUACCUCUGCAGCAGAGUUGUCUGCUGUGACUGCUGCAUCAAGAUGUCCAUGCCCUUCAGAACGUGUGUACAUCUCCCACUUCACCUCAUAAAACUUUUGAGACUCUCCAGAGAGGAAGACCCAGCUACUCAAGAGCGGAAGAGCUCAGAGUUGCUGCAUGAAAUAGAGCACUGGGAGUGUUUUGGCGUACCCAUUGUUUUGGAACCCCAUUGCCUAGCACAGCCUCUGUGCUGUUACACAGGGACCAUGGCAGACUGGCUGACUGCAGACAUCUGUACGCGAUGUGAGCAGUAUCUGUUGAACAUGGCUUCCAGUCAACAGCAGAGCAUCCCUCUCAGGAGAAUUUCCUGGCCUUGAACCAAACUGGAAUGACUCUACCAUACAUUUCUCCUGUCACCUGUUCUGUACCUGAAGUAAAUGAAACAGCUUUAUGCACCUACUGACAUAAAGGCCUGAAUAAGAGACCUCCCUGCUGGUUAGUCUAAGCAGGAAGCACAGUUAGUAUUUAUGUAUUGUGAAGUAUUAAAAAGCUUUGUGGGUUUUAGAACUGUUUUAAUUCUUUUUAUGUGUCUUUGGGGAAAAUAAAUGUUGAAGCACUAUCAUGCCUCUAGCAUUUCCUCCUUUGCACCUGCAGUUGUCAUUAUUCUGUGGCACUGUUUGCAUUCAUUGCUGAGCAGACUUCACCCUACAUAAUGAGUAAGGGAAACUUUUAACCUAAAACCUCAAUUCCUGAGAGACUUGGGAAGUGGAGCUCUCAGUUAAUGCAAUAACAUCACCAUGCAUUUUGCAAUCACUUAUGCCUUCCUGAUAACUCACUAAAAAUCACUUAAAACUCACUGCUCCGAUGCAUUUAAUGCUGCAGCAAUGGCUGUCAGGCAGCCUGCCCAGUCUGCUUGCAUAGGAAGCUAGCUCUUGAUUUGGUUUUUGUCUGUGUGCUAGCUGGCCUUUGCCACCAGAGCCCUCUGGUGCAUGUCACUGAAGCAUCUAGUAUAUCUCAGUGCCAUCAUCACCUGAGGGGCAGACAGUUGUUCUCAAGAGAUUCUUGCUCUUUCUAUUGGCCUUAAGCUUUGCCCUGAGCUAAACUGGAC